AUGCCCAACAUGUCUGAAAGUCCAUCGCCACCGACGCUUGUGGCUGUGAAUGGGAAUGGCUUGGACACAUCAUUCCGUGACGUGAUUCUGCCUCUGAGUCGUCAUGAACUUGUGCUGGUUAUUGGCAAGUUCAUCGUGUUACAGAAUACACAGACUCAGGAACUGAGCUUCGUUUCGACCCAGGAACAAACAAAUGGAUGUCUUGGGGAGAUCACAGCGAUGGCUUUAUGCGGGAAACGUCAACAUCUUUCGGUCUGUCGGGCAGCAGUGAAAAAUGACGAUGGCUGUCCAGACAGCAUGAGUUCUCCAGCCACUAUCACCGUCUACAGCAUCAUAUCAAGAUCCGAUCCGACUAAAGGUGGGAAUACUCGACGUAUUGUAUUGCUCAAGACUUUGACCGUAACGUGGACGGAUCGCUUCGCAAGUACUGCUUUAUCACCAGACGGAAAGUUAGUGAGUGCUCAAGCUGCGAAUUCGAGUUGGAGUCUAGGUGUGUGGGAUUGGGGGAGAGGACGACAAGUAGCGCUCUCGGACGUGCAUUGCCGGGUGUCUCGAGUCCGAUUUAACGUCGUUGAUAUGGCCCAAUUGUCCACAAGUGGAGGGAAUCUACUGCGUAUCUGGACGUUGUGUGAGUACACUCUCAAGCCGCUUGCGAGUUUCAAGUCUGGCGACGAGACUAAAGUCAAGAAUGUUGUCAAUUACGCCGACCACGCGUGGCUACCGGACGACGUACUGAUUGGGCUGCUGGAAGACGGAGACGUGCAGUUGAUAGUGAACGCUGAGCUGGUCCAAACUCUUCGUGCAGUUCACAAAGGUUUGGGGAAAAUGUUGUGUAUGAGUCCACUGAAUAGUGGCGAAGGAGUCGUUGUAGGAGGCACCCACGGCCUAGUAUCAGUCGUACGCGCGGCGUCUAAAAUGCUCAAAGCGAACGAGAAGGAACUACACCUCCAACGUCGCAUGCGGGUACCAAACACAGAGCGGAUUCUAAGCGUGAUGACGGAUCCUGCGGCUGCUAUGCUGCUUUGUUGCACUGAACGGGGCUAUGGAGCGUAUGAUCUCAGCAAUUUGUGUCUUCUACGUGGUGAUGAUGAAACGAUUGCGUUGACUUUACUGUCGUCGACUCCGUUAUCGCAAGAAAUGGUGAGACUUAGUGCAGCUUCUAGACGUCCGUGCUUUGCUGCGGCAUGUCGUUUACCCGACGGAGAUGCAGCAGUGCACGUGUGGAGUCAAACAGACUGCCACGAGUGCUUUAUCGCUCAUCCGUUAGAGCAACAAGCGCCAUUGAGUGUGGAUAUGCACCCUUCUGGGUCAGAAUUACUCAUGACAUUUUCGUCAAAACUUCAGAUUUUCUUCGUGCUCCAAGAUUCACUCCGCCUAGGCUUUGAGAUGCCACAGAAACAGCUUUCUUUAACUCAGUACAGCCCCAGUGGAGCGCUCUUUGCUGCUGUGCAUGCCACUAAUAAGACUGUGUUUGUCUAUCGGAGUUUAUGCCGAGUACAGCGCGAACCUCAACUCGUUGGAAUUUUUCGAGAUUUUCGUGAAACUAUUGAAUUCUUCCGUUGGGGAGUCCAUGACAACAGUUUCUUCGCCGUCGAUGCAGUGGGGGAGCUUCGUCACUGUCAAUUACGAUGGCAAGCGGGAGGUGAAGUCGAAGACCUCGUUGAAACGCAGAGUGUGGCUCAGAAACUUUCUCCGGAAAAUCAAGUGGCGGCAUUUACCAGUAGCUAUGUCGGCCACGAAAGUCACGACUACGUUGUGUUCGCGGCAGAAAAACGAGUUACCAGGCGAUCAAGUAGCAGUCAAAGUAUCGUUCGUGCCUGGGUGAAUGGCGAAUUGGCAUUCGAUGCACUACACGGUUCUAUUGGAAAUGUGGGUGAAAAAAUGCCUUUCGAGAUCACUGCACUCGAAUCUGGGCCUGGUUUAAGCUCGAACAGGAGUGACGGCAACGCAUAUCCUAAUCUACUCUUUGCUGGCACUGCCAGUGGUUCUGUAGUGAUUUUUAGCUGGAAAAGGAAGCGAGGGUCUCGGACUGGAGAGGGCGCCUCGACAAUUCUUCUUACCCGUGCCAUUAAGCGUGUGGACAUGCACACAACCCCAAUUGUAGGAUUAUUCUACGCUGCACGGUCCAGGUUACUACUGUCCAAUGCGCAGAACGGCGUAGUUCUGGCUUGUAAACUGUGUCGAGAGAAUUCUGGAAACGCGGAGAGUUCGUCCGCCAUAGCAACAGCCAUUCGAGACGAGCAAAACUUACACGACUUGUCCACUAACGCCUUUACCAGUAUUUGUCAACCCGAAGAAUUGGCAGUGUACGACCGCAAUAAAGUGGAGCUGGGUCGAUUGAAGUUACUGGAUCUAGAAGGAGAGCUGCAGCAGUUUAAGAUGGAGAACGAAAUGCUCAGCAGACAGGUGAAUGAGCAACGCGUAAAGUUUGAGGGUAUGUUGAAAAGUGAGCUAGCAGCUCAUACGAGGACUGCGAAAGAGGAACAGAAGGCUCUGCGUGCAGAAUUAGAUGUACGUCUGGGUGGAGCCAUCCAUGAACGCGAGAGUAAACUGCGUACAUUAUCCGAAGACGCUCGAUCAGCUCAAGAUCACUACUUGUUAACACUAGAGAAGCUACAAAAUGAGUGUGACUCGCUGCGAGAAGAGCUCCACGCCACUAAAAUGGACCUUGAAGACGAGCAAAAACGAGCUCAAGAGCGCGAGGUUCAGUUGGAAUACGAAGGCAGAAAGAAGCUUCGGGAGGCUAAAGUUCAUUAUGAUGAUACACAGAAAAGAUUAACCGAGGAGCUAGAAUUAACCAAGAGGAAGCUGCACGAGGUACUGAAACAGCAAGACCAGGACCAACUUGUUCAAAUGGGUCUACUAGCCAGUACUAUUGACUCUGAGAAGCAGAAAGGCGCGACGCAACUAGCAGAGCAGAACGGGAGGGCUGCGGCGUUGAAUCAACAGGUUAAAAUGCUGCUUGGAGCGUUAAACCAGAAGGAUAACGAGUUACAACAAAUGUGCUGCGACUAUGACGAACGCAUGCAUGAAAUCGAGAUUUUACGCGAGAAAUUAGCAGACGAGAAGAAUGUCACGAAGAGAAUGAUGCGUGAGAAAGAAGAGAGUAUACAUCAACUAGCAGAGCAGCGACGUGUACUCGAAAAUUUGCAGCGUUUGGACGGUGUACAUCGGUCCCAACUGGAGCUUUUACAGAAGCAUAUUUUACCUAAAGACCGAGAAUUGGUGCAGAUGCAGGAGCAUCUGAAUCAACUGCAUGAUGCUAAUCAAGAGGUAGUUGUGCAGGCAAAUAUCAGUGAUCGACUGCGCGUUGAAGCGUCUUCACUAGCGCGAAAACAAGAGCGUGAGUUAGAGUCAACAAGUAAGCGUUUGGAGCGAGUUCGCCACUCGAUUGUGGUGUUACAAGAGGAACUAGGAGUGCUGGUUCGACGCAGUGCUGUCCAGGAGAAGAGCGCUAUUGUGACGGAGAUUGGGCGACUUCACAAGCGAAUAACUCGACAACUGGAUGCGCUACAAGCUCGCGGAGACUCGGCAGAUGAAGUGAACGCCGAGCUGCAUCGUCAGAACCGCUUCCUGCUUCAGAAUAAAUACUCACUACGUCGUCAAGUGGAAGCGGGGAACCGAGAGAAACACAAACUCGCGGCUGCGUUGUCAUUCCAGAAUGCAUCGCUGGUGACUGAGCUCAACACGUAUCGGAAAGCGAACAAAGAACUGGAGAGGAGACUUCGACGAUGUGAGGAAUUUGGAGCUAAGAGCAGUGGAAUUGCUGAAGUUCCGGAGACUGACGAGGUCGAUGGACGCAAAAUGGUGCAGCCACAUCGUAGUACUGCGCUGUUGACUGGCCGGUGGCAGUCCACUGCGAGAGUUAAGCCACGUCCUAAGUCAGCAGCACCGGGAGGUACUAGAAGAAAUAAUUUACUUUAAUAUUGACCUAGCUUGUUGAAAUAAAGGAGAGA